AAAAGUCAUUACCAAAAGUUUUGGGCUAAAGAUAAUCAGCUGAACCCCAAAAUUAAUCAUACCGGAAGUGCUGUUGCAUUACUCUAUCAAAUUUCGCUUCAUUUGGGACGGUGAUAAUAUUUGCAGCUUCAGGGAGGAAAUUUUCUAAGACGAGGACAAGAUGACAGAGGUUCAGCCUCGAGAGAUUAAGAUCCUCGAGACUGCGGAGGACAUCCAGAAGAGGAGAGAGGAGGUCCUUGAUCGGUACUCCAACUUCAAGCAGACAUGUCAGGACAGGCGUCGUAAACUCGAGGACUCGAGGAGGUACCAGUACUUCAAGCGAGAUGCAGAUGAGUUGGAGAGCUGGAUCUAUGAAAAGCUGCAAACAGCAUCUGAUGAGAGCUACAAAGACCCUACCAAUCUACAGGCUAAGAUUCAGAAACACCAGGCCUUUGAGGCAGAGGUUGCUGCCCAUGCUAACGCCAUUGUGGUAUUGGACAACACUGGAACUGAAAUGAUCAACCAGGAGCACUUUGCUUCUGCCACCAUCAGGGAACGCCUGGAUGAGCUGCACCGCCUGUGGGAGCUAUUGCUGUCCAAGCUGAGAGAGAAGGGCCUGAAGCUGAAACAUGCCCUAAAACUUGUCCAGUUCAUGAGGGAGUGUGAUGAGGUGAUGUUCUGGAUCAAUGAUAAGGAGGCGUUUGUGACCUCCGAGGAGUUUGGUCAGGAUCUGGAACACGUGGAGGUCCUGCAGAAGAAGUUUGAUGAAUUCCAGAAGGAUUUACAAAAUCAUGAAGACAGAGUAACUGAAGUGAACACAUUGGCAGAACAGCUGAUUGAGGAUGAACAUCCAGAGGAGGCCACAAUAAGACAAAGACAAAGUGAAAUCAAUGAAGCUUGGGAGAGAUUGAAGAAUUUGUCUCUGCUGAGACAAGAGAGAUUGUUUGGAGCUCAUGAAAUCCAAAGAUUUAACAGGGAUGCUGAUGAAACUAUUGCCUGGAUCAUGGAGAAGGAUGCCAUCUUGUCCUCGGAUGAUUUUGGCAGAGAUUUGGCCAGCGUUCAGGCCUUGCAGCGUAAACAUGAAGGAGUUGAGAGAGAUCUAGCUGCAUUGGAGGAAAAGGUCCAUGCACUUAGCAAAGAGGCAGAGAGAUUGGAAGACAUUCACAAAGAACAAGCCCCACAGAUCAAUGCUAAGCAGACAGAGAUUGUAGAUAACUGGGAGAAGCUGAAGAACAAGGGCGCCGACAGGAAAGCUCGCCUGGACGACUCCUACUAUCUCCACCGUUUCUUGGCCGACUUCCGUGACCUAGUGUCUUGGGUGCAGGACAUGAAGAACAUCAUCUCCGCUGAUGACCUGGCCAAGGAUGUAGCCGGAGCUGAAGCUCUGGUAGACAGGCACAAUGAACAUAAGGGCGAGAUUGAUGCCAGAGAAGACAGCUUUAAAGCCACUGACCAAGCUGGACAGAGGCUAGUUAACGCUAACCAUUAUGCUGCUGAUGAGGUCAGAGAAAAGCUGGUAACCCUGUCCAAGGAAAGGUCCAGCCUGAUUGAGUUGUGGGAGGAGAGGAAAAUUCUGUAUGAGCAGUGUAUGGACUUACAGCUCUUCUACAGAGAUAUGGAACAUGCUGAUGCUUGGAUGACCAAACAAGAGGCUUUCUUGGCAAAUACAGAUCUUGGAGACUCUUUGGAUGGUGUUGAAGCACUGAUCAAGAAACAUGAAGACUUUGAGAAAUCUUUAGCAGCUCAAGAGGAGAAGAUCAAGAUGUUGGAUGACUUUGCCACAAAGCUAAUAGAGAGUGAACACUAUGCCUACGAUGAUGUUGCUGUCAAGAGAGACCAACUGCUGGAGAGAAGGAAUGUCCUGUAUGAAGCCUCGGCCAAUCGCAGACAGCUUCUGGAGGAGUCCUACAAGUACCAGACUUUCGAGAGAGACUGUGACGAGACCAAGAGCUGGAUCAAUGAAAAGCUCAAGACUGCUUCUGAUGAAAGUUAUCUGGACCCUACCAAUCUUCAGACUAAAGUCCAGAAACACCAGAAUUUUGAGGCUGAGCUUGAUGCCAAUAAGAAUCGUAUAGAGACCAUCCAGCAGACUGGAGAGCAACUCAUAGAGGAGAAACAUUAUGCAUCAGAAACCAUCAGAGAAAGAGUAGAAGAAAUUGUCAAGCUGUGGAAUACCCUUCUGACUCAGACAGAUAGAAAAGGAAACAAAUUGAAGGAAGCCAGUCAACAACAGCAGUUCAACCGUAACAUUGAGGACAUCGAGGUGUGGCUGGGUGAGAUUGAGGGCCAGCUCAUGUCAGAGGAUUACGGAAAGCCACUACAUCGACAUGACCUGACCAGUGUACAAAAUCUGCAGAAGAAACAUGCCCUGUUGGAGGCAGAUGUUGCCGCCCAUCAGGACCGCAUAGAAAGUAUUGGCAUCCAGGCAGACCAGUUUGUCAACUCUGGCCAUUUUGAUGCCGACAACAUUAAAACCAAACAAGAACAAGUUGUCCAAAGAUAUGAUGCUUUACUGGAUCCAAUGGAGGCCCGUAAGCAGAAGCUGGCAGAUGCCCUGAAGCUCCAACAGUUCCUGAGGGAUGUAGAAGAUGAGGAAGACUGGAUCAGGGAGAAAGAACCCAUCGCCUCCUCUACCAACAGAGGUCGAGAUCUUAUUGGCGUUCAAAACUUGAUGAAGAAGCACCAAGCUUUGCAGGCAGAAAUUGCUGGACAUGAAUCUCGAAUCAAAAAUGUCUGUACCCAUGGCAACAAAAUGACUGACGAUGGACAUUUUGCCAGUGAAGAGAUCCAACAGAAGAUUGAAGAGCUCCAAGAUAGAUGGAAGCAACUUAAGGACAAAGCUAUGCAGAGAAAGCAGGACUUGGAGGACUCUCUCCAGGCCCAGCAGUACUUUGCUGAUGCCAAUGAGGCAGAAUCAUGGAUGAAGGAGAAGGAACCAAUAGCUGCUAACACUGACUAUGGAAAGGACGAGGACUCCGCUGAGGCCCUGCUUAAGAAGCAUGAUGCAUUUAUGUCUGAUUUGGAGGCAUAUGGAACUGUCAUUGAAGGAUUGCAGGAACAAGCUCAGGCAUGCAAGCAACAAGAGGCCCCAGUUGUAGAUGACCUUGGGACAGAGAAGGUCAUGGCCCUAUAUGACUACAGUGAGAAAUCACCCAGAGAAGUCUCCAUGAAGAAGGGGGAUGUCCUGACCCUGCUCAAUAGUACCAACAAGGAUUGGUGGAAAGUAGAAGUGAAUGACAGACAAGGCUUUGUGCCAGCAGCCUACGUCAAGAAGUUGGAUCCCAGUCUGUCAGCAAGCCGCAGUAACUUGAUGGAUGAGUUCACCAUCUCAGUGCGACAGAACCAGAUAGAAACACAAGAAAAAAUAGAAAUGAUUGAACGAUUGGAGCCAUUGUAUGCCAACCUUCUGGACUUGGGUAACCAGCGCCGUGAGAAGCUGACCGAGUCGUGUAAGGCGUACCAGCUGGUGAGGGAGGCCGCGGAGCUCGCCUCGUGGAUCACCGAGAAGGAGAACAUGAUGGUGGGAGAGGAAGUUGGCGAGGAUCUCGAACAGGUGGAGGAAAUGCAAAAGAAGUUCGACGACUUCCAGAAGGACCUCAAGGCCAACGAGGCUCGUCUCCAGGAGUUGAACUCCAUUGCAGAUAGAUUGACAGCCAUGGGACGCACCGAAGCUGCUGAAAAGAUCAGAGAGCAAAUUGCUACCCUUAACAACAGAUGGGAGAAUCUUCAAGCAGUGACAGCAACAAGAGCUGAAUCCCUGGGCAGUGCUCAUGAAGUCCAGAGAUUCCAUAGGGAUGUUGAUGAGACUAAGGAUUGGAUUGAUGAGAAGGAUGAAGCUUUGAACAGUGACAAUUUCGGCCAUGAUCUGGCUAGUGUACAGGCUUUACAGCGUAAGCAUGAUGCCAUCGAACGCGAUCUGUCAGCUCUUGGAGAAAAGGUUCGUGACUUGGAUGAGGCAGCCAAGCGUUUGAUGCAAACUCAUCCUGAUCAAGCCGAGCAGAUUUAUGAACAUCAGCGAGACAUCAACGAGCAGUGGAACACUUUGACACAAAAGGCUGAUGCUAGAAAAGCCAAGCUCUUGGAUAGCUAUGACCUACAGAGAUUCUUAAGUGACUACAGAGACCUAACUUCCUGGAUCAACAGCAUGAUGACCCUGGUGUCGUCUGAUGAGCUGGCCAAGGACGUGACAGGGGCCGAGGCCCUUCUGGAGAGACAUCAGGCGGUUGAAAUGGGCGCUAUAGAGAGUUACUCCCCUUUACAGAUGUUUAGCUCAGAGAUUGUAAGUCACUAUGGCAUCACCCAGCUCCCAGGCGAGGAGGAGGGGCUACCCGAGGACGAGGAACACCGAACAGAGAUCGAUGCCCGCUCCGGUACAUUCCAAGCCUUUGAAGUGUUCGGACAGAACCUUCUGCAGAAUGAGCACUAUGCCAGUCCGGAUGUUAGAAACAAAUUGGAAGAGUUGGCGAAAGCCAGAGAAGAGCUAGAACAAGCCUGGAUUGCCAGGAGAAUGAAGCUGGACCAGUGCCUGGAGUUGCAGCUGUUCUACCGUGACUGUGAACAGGCCGAGAGCUGGAUGCAGUCUCGCGAAGCCUUCCUGUCAGGUGACCAAGUGGACGGAGACAAUGUAGAAUCACUGAUCAAGAAACACGAGGACUUUGAUAGAGCUAUUAGUAGUCAGCAAGAGAAGAUUCAGGCCCUGCAAUCCUUCGCUGACCUGCUGAUCAAUGGAGAGCACUAUGACAGUGAUGCCAUUCAGGACAAGCGGGAUCAGGUCCUUGACCGCUGGUCCAAGCUGAAGGAGGCCCUCAUAGACAACAGGUCCAAACUGGGGGAGGCCCAGACCCUUCAGCAGUUCUCCAGAGAUGCCGAUGAAAUGGAAAACUGGCUCCAAGAGAAGCUGCAGAUAGCUAUGGAUGAGUCCUACAAAGAUCCUACCAAUAUCCAGAGUAAACACCAGAAACACCAGGCUUUUGAGGCUGAGCUGGCAGCUAAUGCUGACCGUCUGCAGGCCCUGCUAGCCACAGGACAGACACUGAUUGAUCAGAAGCAGUGUGCUGGGUCAGAGGAUGCCGUACAGGCAAGACUGGAGAGCCUGGCCUCCCAGUGGGAGACCCUGGUGGCUAAGUCUGCCGAGAAGAGUGACAAACUGAAGGAGGCGAACCGCCAGCAGACCUACAACGCUGGGGUCAAGGACAUGGAGUUCUGGCUGGGAGAGGUUGAACAAAUGCUUUCCUCAGAGGAGUAUGGAAAGGACCUUGCUUCUGUACAAAACCUGUUGAAGAAGCACCAACUAUUAGAGGCUGAUAUUUCAGCCCAUGAGGAUAGAAUAAAAGACCUGAAUGCACAGGCUGAUCAGUUUGUGGAUGCCCAGGUCUGGGAUGCUGAGAGCAUUGAAGUGAGGAAGAGGACUAUUAAUGAGAGAUAUGACAAGAUCAAAGAGUUGGCCAUUCAGCGUCGCACAAGAUUAAAUGAAGCCAACAAGAUGCACCAGUUCCUGAGGGACAUUGAUGACGAGGAAGCAUGGAUUAAGGAGAAGAAGCUGUUAGUGGGAUCUGAUGACUAUGGUAGAGAACUGACCAGUGUCCAGAACCUGAGGAAGAAACACAAGAGGCUGGAGGCUGAACUCACCACCCACGAACCAGCCAUACAGGCUGUACAAGAGGCUGGUGCUAAGCUGAUUGAGGACUCGGACAUCAACACUGCUGAUAUCACAGACAGAUUGAAACAGUUGGCUGAUAGCUGGGAGGAACUCAAAGAAAUGACAGCCAACAGAGGACAGAAACUAGAGGAGUCCUAUGCUUACCAAGUAUUCAGCGCCAAUGUAGAGGAGGAAGAGGCAUGGAUUUCUGAGAAGCAGCACCUGCUGAGUGGUGGAGAUUACGGGGAUACCAUGGCUGCUGUACAGGGCCUGCUGAAGAAACACGAGGUGUUCGAGACCGAUUUCCACAUCCACAAGGAGAGGUGUAAUGAGAUCAAGAAAGAAGGCGAAAAACUGAUUUCUGAGGGAAAUCAUAACAAAGACAACAUUGAGCAAAGAAUCCGAGGUCUCCAGGAGAAGCUGGAGGCUCUGAAUGAGGCGGCCAAGAGAAGACAGGACGGCCUGGUGGAUAAUUCCGCCUUCCUUCAGUUCCUGUGGAAGACCGACGUAGUGGAGAGUUGGAUCGCAGACAAAGAGACUCAAGUCCGCUCUGACGAUUAUGGGCGAGAUCUUUCAUCCGUUCAAACCCUGCUUACUAAGCAGGAAACUUUCGAUGCUGGUCUCCAAGCUUUUGAAAAAGAAGGAAUCCAGACCAUCACUUCCCUGAAAGAUCAGCUGAUCCAGGCUCAACAUGCCCAGACCCCAGCUAUCCAGAAACGUUACAAUGAUGUCAUGGAGCGCUGGCAGAAACUUCUGAAUGACUCCGAGGGUAGAAAACAGCGUCUGCUGCGCCUUCAAGACAAAUACAGACAGAUUGAAGAUCUGUACUUGACUUUCGCUAAGAAGGCAUCAGCAUUUAACAGCUGGUUUGAAAACGCUGAAGAAGAUUUGACUGACACUGUCAGGUGUAACUCAGUAGAGGAGAUCAAGUAUCUGAGGGAGAACCAUGACCAGUUCAAGGCCUCGCUCAGUGCUGCCCAGGCUGAUUUCAACCAGCUGGCAGCUCUUGACAAACAGAUCCAGGGCUUCCAAGUGGGAACCAACCCUUACACCUGGUUCACCAUGGAGGCUCUCGAGGACACCUGGAAAAACCUGCAAAGAAUUAUCAAGGAGAGAGAUGUAGAACUGAGCAGAGAACAGCAGAGACAAGAGGAGAAUGAUCAGCUGAGGAAACAAUUCGCUCAGGCGGCCAAUGCCUUCCACACCUGGCUCACCGAAACAAGAAUGUGGCUAUUGGAAGGAGCUGCUAUGAUGGAAGGUUCUGGUACAUUGGAAGAUCAGCUUGAAGCCACCAAGCAAAAAGCUGCGGAAGUGAGAUCCCAGAAAGGUCAGCUUAAGAAGAUUGAGGACCUUGGAGCUGCCAUGGAGGAGAGGCUUAUUCUAGACAACAGAUACACAGAGCAUAGCACAGUUGGGCUAGCGCAGCAGUGGGAUCAGCUGGAUCAGUUAGGAAUGAGGAUGCAGCACAAUCUGGAGCAACAGAUCCAGGCCAGGAACCGUAGUGGUGUAUCCGAGGAUGCUCUCAGAGAAUUCUCCAUGAUGUUCAAGCACUUUGACAAGGACAAGUCUGGUAAGCUGGAUCAUCAAGAGUUCAAGUCCUGUCUGCGAGCCCUGGGGUACGACUUGCCAGUAGUGGAGGAGGGACAGGUGGACCCAGAGUUCCAGGCCAUCCUGGACAUGGUGGAUCCAAACAGAGAUGGACACGUUUCAUUACAAGAAUAUAUGGCCUUCAUGAUCAGCAGAGAAACAGAAAAUGUUCAGUCUAGUUCUGAUGUAGAACAAGCCUUUAGAGCCCUGACGUCUGGAGACAAACCAUAUAUCACUGCACAGGAAUUAUACGCGAAUCUUACCAAGGAGCAGGCGGACUACUGCAUAGCCAGGAUGAGACCAUAUAUAGACAAGUCAGGACGACCAGUUCCUGAUAGUUACGACUUCGUAGACUUUACUCAGUCCAUGUUUAUCAACUAAAGCAACAAAAACUUUUAAGAAUCUUUACAACCUUAAGCUUGAACAAUUGUUGGUGGCAUUAAGAUGACUUACUUUUUCUUGCUUUGGAUGUGUAGCUUUUCUGUUAUGGACCUUGAAUCUCUUCCAUAAAACUACAAACCUUUAUGCUUUACAACUUUCUUAGAUGUAAACGGAGUAGAUUUAAUAAAGAGUUUUUAAUAUUAA